UAUACCUAGUGGCAUUUCAUAGGUGUUACCUUUUUUUAAACGGCGUCUCAACUUCAUAAUUUGGAAAGUCCUACCAUAUUGCCACCCUGGUUGAGGUUGAUCAGGUUGCACCACCAUGUGGAUCGGUCCGACUCUGGCCGUCCUUUCGUGGCUUAUCGUGCCCCUACAUGCCGCCACGCCGUCAUGCGACGGGCCGUUAUCCCGCGCAGUGGGCAUGGAUCGCGUCUCGCGUAACGUGGCGUUGAACAACCAUGUGCUCAGGAGCUGCACCACCAGGUCUUCGAUCGUCUGCAUGGCUGCCUGCCUCCGGCAAGAUCAGUGCGUCUCCAUCAACUACGAGGGCGCCGGGGGCACCUGCGAAUUGAACGGGAGUAGCAUGGAAGCGCACCCAGCCGACGUGGAGGUACGAGAUGGGUGGAAGCACUACGGUAACUUACCGGGAACAGUGGCCGAGGAGCAGAUAUGCCAAACCCCAACAACCAAUCAACCAACGACCAACCAACCGACAACCAAUCAGCCAACAACCAAUCAACUAACGACCAACCAACCGACAACCAAUCAGCCAACAACCAAUCAACCAACAACCAAUCAACCGACAACCAAUCAACCGACGACCAUCCAGCCAACAACCACUCAACCUGCCACCACACAAGCUACGACUUCAGUGCCAACCACCGAAGUCUUCACAACAGAAAAACCUCCCGUGGACUGUUGGGACAUACACGCCAGUUCACCCUUACUUCCCAGUGGCGAGUACGCCGUGUAUCCUGCCACGCACAACGGACCUUUGCAAGUCUAUUGUGACAUGGACACGGAUGGCGGAGGAUGGACAGUAUUUCAAAGGCGCAUUGAUGACACUCAAGAUUUUAACCAGAACUGGGCCAGCUACAAAGCUGGCUUUGGUGACCUCUCCGUCAACUUUUGGCUGGGCAACGACGCCCUCCAUGAGCUCACGACCCAGCAGGACUAUCAGCUGCGGAUCGAGCUGCAGUCUUACUAUUCGCAGACUACCUACACCAAGUACGGUUUGUUCACCGUGGCUGACGAAGCUAACAAAUACCGGUUGACCGUUGGCCUGUUCUACGGCUCCUAUGUAGCAGAUGAUUCGAUGAAUUAUCAGAACGGAAUGGCCUUCUCUACAUUGGAUCAAGACAACGAUGUGGACGUACCACGACACUGCGCUCAGUCGUUCCUCGGCGGCUGGUGGUAUACUGCCUGCCUGUCCAGCAACCUAAACGGGCCAUUUGUAAACGGCCCCAACGUCCCCCAGAACGCACAGGGCGUCAUAUGGGGCUCAUGGCUGACCGUCUCCCAAUCACUGAAGUUUGCCGAGAUGAAGUUACGCCCCGUGUCAGCUCAAUCGGUACCUAAAGAUUGCUGGGACCACAAGUUACAAGGACAGACUGCCAGCGGAUUAUACAACAUCUACGUGACGGGAAAGCCCCAGGCCAUACAGGUGUACUGUGAUAUGGAUGAUGUCGGCGGAGGCUGGACGGUUAUUCAACGUAGAGUUGAUGGCAGUAGAGACUUCUAUCUUUACUGGGCGGACUACAAGGCAGGGUUUGGCGACCCAGCCGACGAGUUUUGGUUUGGCAACGACGAUCUGCAUCUCUUGACCAAUCAGUCUUCGUAUCAACUGACAGUGAAGAUGGAGAGCUGGGACUUCGUGAUAAGAUAUGCCAACUACGAGCAUUUUUCGAUAGCAAACGAGGCUGACAAGUACCGUCUCUCAGUGAGCGGAUUCUCCGGAAGUUCGGGAAUCGGUGACUCUCUGGGCCCACACAACGGGUACAUGUGGUCCACCCAAGAUCAAGACAACGACAUCGACCUUGGCAGACAUUGUGCCCAGCACACAAUGGGUGCCUGGUGGUAUCACAGCUGCGAGCACUCUAAUCUGAACGGUCCUUUCGUGGCCUCCCCGGGCUACUUGGCAAGUGACGCCCAGGGAAGGGGCAUUAUUUGGGGCACCUGGAAGUUGCAGUCCUACUCCUUUCCGAAAGCCGAGAUGAAGGUGCGGCCAUCACACAUGGGAUUUUCUUUGUAGGCCUAUAGUAACAAUUAAGGACAUGCGUGCGAAUCUCGAACAAACAUUAUGUUAUGUAAAUAAGUGAAUAAUAGUGUAGUGGAGCAGAUGUGAGCAUUUAGUUUCAUACCGGGUAGGGGCUUGGUCUUUUACUAAGCCAUGGUCUGUUCCUCAAAAGUAAAACCGAUGUAAAAUUAUUUGCUUUAUCAAAUUGUGUAUAGUAUUUUCGAACUUCAAAACCUACUUACCUUUGUGAAGAAUACAUUUUUAAAAGCAGAAUUAUGUGUGUCUUGAUUGAGGGGCCACCUUUAUUAUUCGCUGGUUUUAAACACUUCUCAGCGGUGUUCAAACAGCGAUUUAAAACCACCCUCGUAACUUGCUCUCGACCGAUAGGAAUUAAACUGUCUCUGGUAUUUAUAAAUUGGUGAUAAAGAAAGUUCAUGGUAUAGAGGCCGACAUGUUCUCAUGUGAGGGCGCACUGUGCAAGCCCUCCAUAGACCCCUGGCUUGCACUUUCCUCUCACUGCGGACAUUUCGGUCUUUGGUUUUUCUGUAAUAUGCAUAAAAAGUUGGUAUGGUUGUUAUUUUCCAUUUUGUAUAUUGUGUACGUGUCAAGCUUACCCCACUUUCAGUGCAGGACGGAUAACUAACUAUGAAGACAAUGACGUACAGGUAGUUAUACUAGAAAAUCGCUCUAAACACAUCACUCUAUAAUUUUCAUUUUUUGGCUCCUACUAAAUACAUUCUAGACUUAUGAGAUCGAAGGUUUGCAUGGUCAAAAGGUAAUAAGAUAAGUGGUUUACGGUCGGUAGCACCAUAUGGUAAAUCUCUGUUGUGAGUAUGUGUGGUUCUGAAAAGAACCGGA